CCUUCACAUACCGCGAUAAGCUUAGCUUCACCGUCAGUUGCAGGAGAAAUGGUUUCGCUGAAACUGCAGAAGCGGCUCGCCGCGAGCGUGCUCAAGUGUGGCAGAGGAAAGGUUUGGCUUGACCCCAAUGAAGUCAACGAAAUCUCCAUGGCCAAUUCUCGCCAAAACAUAAGGAAGCUGGUUAAGGAUGGGUUUAUCAUCAGGAAGCCCACCAAGAUUCACUCUCGCUCACGUGCUCGUCGAAUGAAGGAAGCCAAGAGGAAAGGACGUCACUCUGGAUACGGUAAGCGUAAGGGUACAAGGGAGGCAAGGCUUCCCACUAAAAUUCUAUGGAUGAGGAGAAUGCGUGUGCUCAGACGCUUGCUUCGCAAGUACAGGGAAUCUAAGAAGAUUGACAAGCACAUGUAUCAUGACAUGUACAUGAAGGUUAAGGGUAAUGUUUUCAAGAACAAGAGAGUUUUAAUGGAGAGCAUUCAUAAGUCCAAAGCUGAGAAGGCAAGAGAGAAGACCUUGUCCGACCAGUUUGAGGCCAAACGUGCCAAGAACAAGGCCAGCAGAGAAAGGAAAAUUGCUCGGAGGGAGGAGCGAUUGGCCCAAGGUCCUGGAGAAAAAGUAUCAGCCGCAUCCAGUGCUCCAGCUGCUCCAGCAUCACAGCCAGCCCAAGCACCAAAGAAAUCCAAGAAGUGAUCCACAUAUUCUGAUAUUGGUUGAUAGAAUUUUUGGGGCUGGCAUUCUGAGUUACUGUUCUAAAGUAGUUUUGACGAGUUUUGAGUUUAUAUGUUUUCUAUAGUCCAUUAGUUUUUAUUUGAGUAUAUGAAAUUAUAACAUUCCGUUAUUUUUGCUGGUGUUUGUCUUUGUUUUGUAUGGAUAUCAUCAUUGUUGCGAAAUUACUUGUGUUAAUUCUUUUCUUGUUAUGGCUUUACUGUUCUUGAAA